AUGCAAUCCAACGAUCAAGUCGUUGUAAACCGCGAAAACCAACGUGUGACACCGCAAAUCGGCGCUGCGAAUGUCGGCCAAAUCUUGGCCGGGAGCACUACAAAGGGCCAGCUUGUGUCCCACGAUUCCUACUCUCACCCUGUGCGUGAUACUUGCAUCAGUUCUUCAAGCUCAGUCAUUAUGGAAUGGGGCAGUGCACGCAUGAAGGAAGAUAUGGUCCGCAUAAUUUCCCAAUGGCUCGCCGACGAAGGCUUUGGUGCUACGCGCCUAGCGCUUUUGGAAGAGGCUGGUGUCAAACUUCGUGAACUUGACGAUACUAUGGCAGAGCAUCGCAAAUUAUGCAACUACUUGUUGGAGGGCAAUUGGACCGAAGUGGACAAACUGUGUACGAAGCCGUUCCUCAAGGACCACAAAGCGCUUCUUUACGCCGUUUACAAGCAGCAAUACCUCGAGCACAUCGAGCACCGCGAAUAUCAAAAAGCAUUCACUUUUUUGACCAAGCGUUUGAAGCCGUUAGAGCAUUACCAACCGCACGCUGCGGAGUUUGGUGACUUGUGUUACCUGCUCUCUGCCCAAUCCGUCACUGAUGCGCCAUCGUUUCGAUCCUGGGAGGGUAUUCAGCCUGCACGCGAAGCACUUAUCGCUGAGUUCUCGCCUAUCUUACAACAGGAUCAACUUGAACGCGACGCAGUUACGACCACGGAAUCGACGUUUGUGCAUCCUCCCGAGAUAGGAAGUGGGGAUAUGGACAAAAGGUAUGUGCCUCCGCACCGCCUUGUUUCCCUCCUGCACCAGGCAUUGGCAUACCAGGUGGAGUUUGCGCGGUAUCAAAAACGAACUGUGCCCGUCGUUUCGAGUCUCCUCCAAGAUUACGCUGGGUUUGUGGUGCCGAAUCGGUGCCGCAAGUCGCUUUAUGGGCACUCCCAGAAUGUGAAAUGCGUUCGUUUCGUUGGCGAUGAUGGCCAUCACAUUGUAAGCGGCUCGGGUGAUUGGGCAGUGCGCGUUUGGGACACUGCUACUGGCGCAUGCGAUGCCGUGUUGGAAGGACAUGGCAGCCGUAUAUGGGAUGUCGAUGCAACACACGAUGGAACACACGUUGCAAGCGCCAGUGGCGAUUCGACCAUCAAAAUCUGGAAUGUCGAGUCUAAACUCUUACAGCGUACCCUGCAAGGUGGGUAUGGCGAUGUGUACACCUGUCGGUUCAGUCCCGACCAGACGCAUUUGGUCAGCGGCGGCUAUGAUAAGCUUCUUCGUUUGUACGACAUUUCUACUGGCACAGCCGUGCGCAUGAUGCCUGGUCAUGACCUUGGCAUUUCCUCAACGGUAUUUAAUCCACAAGGGAAUUUGAUUGUGAGCGGUGCGAAGGACACAACGAUUCGGUUGUGGGACAAGCUCUCAGGGCUUUCUGUCCACACCUUGCAAGGACAUCUCGGUGAAAUCACAUCGGUGGAUAUGAGCGAAGACGGAAUGCAAUUGCUCACUAGCUCAAAGGACAACUCGGGACGCUUAUGGGAUAUGCGCAUGCUUCGCCCACUCCAACGCUUUAAGGGAAACCAGAACACGUCGAAAAACUUUAUUCGCGCCUCGUUCUUGGACCCAAGUCUCAUUGCCAGUGGCUCAGAAGAUGGUCUUGUCUAUCUCUGGGAAAAGGAAUCGCCUAAUGUGCUUCAGACGCUAGAGGGGCACGGAUUCGAGGCGAUGUAUACCGAUGGCGCCGCGGACGUGCCGCUUUCCCCUGAGGGUGCAAUCGCAACGGGAUCCUUGCCUUCGUCACAUGCAUAUUACACUCGCAAACAAGUCGUUGUAUACAGUGCGGUAUGGAACAAGGUGCAAGGAAUUCUCGCGAGCUGUGCAGACGAUGGCACCGUACGUCUGUGGGACUGGGCCCGACCGCCGGACGAUGAUCUCAUCGCUCCUUGA